AUGGACAAUGCCACGUGGCUGGCCAACCACACUGGAAGGUCUGAUUUCAUCCUGUUGGGAUUCUUCAGUCAAUCCAAACAUGCAACUCUGUUCAGUGUGGUCACUUUUGUGAUUUUCCUGACGGCCUUAUCUGGAAACACCAUCCUGAUCUUCCUGAUACACUCUAAUGCCCACCUCCAGACUCCUAUGUACUUUUUCAUCAGCCAGUUAUCUGUCAUGGAUGUGGUGUACAUUUCUAUCACUGUGCCCAAGAUGCUCAUGGACCAGGUCAUGGGUAAAAAAAAGAUAUCAGUCCCCGAAUGUGGGAUACAGAUGUUCCUCUACUUAACUCUAGGAGGAUCAGAAGUUUUCCUUCUAGCUGCUAUGGCCUAUGACCGGUACAUGGCCAUCUGCCAUCCACUCCGUUACCCUAUCCUUAUGAACCAUAGGAUAUGUCUCCUUCUCGUAUCUGGCUGCUGGUUCUUGGGCUCAGUGGAUGGCUUCUUGCUUACCUCCAUCACUAUGACCUUCCCCUUCUGCAGAUCCAGGGAGAUCCAUCACUUCUUCUGUGAGGUCCCUGCCAUAACAAAGCUCUCCUGCUCUGACACCUCACUCAUUGAGACACUCAUGUACCUGUGCUGUGUCUUCAUGAUCCUCAUCCCUGUGACAGUCAUUUCAAGCUCCUACUCUCUCAUCCUCCUCACCAUCCACAGGAUGAACUUGGCAGAUGCCUGGAAGAAGGCUUUCACCACUUGUUCCUCCCACAUGACUGUGGUCAUCCUCUUCUACGGGGCUGCUAUCUACACCUACAUGGUCCCCAGUUCCUACCACACCCCUGAGAAGGACAUAGUAGUAUCAUUGUUUUACACUAUCCUCACUCCUGUGCUAAACCCUUUAAUCUAUAGUUUUCGGAAUAAGGAUGUCACAGGAGCUCUGAAGAAAAUGUUGAAUGUGGGACCUGACUUUCAAGAAAGUAUACAGUAG